UCUGCACAACGCCUGCGGUGCGGGUCAUGGCGCGACUACCGAAGCUGGCAGUCUUCGAUUUGGAUUACACUCUAUGGCCCUUCUGGGUUGACACGCACGUAGACCCCCCGUUUCACAAGAGCAGUGAUGGAACUGUACGAGAUAGGCGGGGCCAAGAUGUCCGACUGUACCCAGAGGUGCCUGAGGUCCUAAAACGAUUGCAGAGCCUUGGGGUGCCUGGUGCAGCUGCUUCACGGACAGGUGAGAUAGAAGGGGCCAACCAGCUACUGGAGCUCUUUGACCUCAUCAGGUACUUUGUUCAUCGGGAAAUCUAUCCAGGCAGCAAAGUCACACACUUUGAGAGGUUACAGCAGAAGACUGGAAUUCCUUUCUCCCAGAUGAUCUUCUUUGAUGAUGAGAGGCGGAAUAUUGUAGACGUCAGCAAACUGGGUACUGAGCGAUGAGGACAGCCAUUUGGGGUCCCUAGGAGGGAUUAGAUACAUACAGGAUGGAUAGUUUUCCCUAUAGGUGGCACCCCCAAAGGUCAGAGUAAUAAUGGGGAGCCCUGAAAGCCUGAUGAAAUGUGACUUCUUAUCUUUCUAGGUGUUACCUGCAUUCACAUCCAGAAUGGAAUGAAUCUUCAAACUCUAAGUCAAGGGUUAGAGACAUUUGCAAAGGCCCAAACUGGGCCUUGAGGUCCAGUCUUGAGGAUGAGCCUCCUUUGAGGCCUAUACUGAAAGGAAAUCAAGAAGGCAUUUUGAGGUGCAUUUGUAAUUUAUUAAAGUUCAUCUGUGUAUGACAGAAGAGAUUUUGCAAACA